AUGGCUGCAUUCACCUCUCUCAUUUUCAUUAUUUCCUUUCUAUUUCUCUUGCAUUUCUCACCAGCAACUGGAAGCCACAGAAAUAAUCAUGGAAAUGGCAGCGUUAUAGGCGCUCUUAUAGACAGGAAUUCUCGUGAGGGCAAAGAGGCUGCUGUGGCUAUGGAGAUAGCAAUGGCAGAUAUCAACACACAGUAUGGAUACACCUCCCAAGGUUUGGUUCUUCACGUAAAGAACACUCGCAGCAGCCCUCUCCAAGCUGCUCUUCAAGGUAGGGAUUUGAUGAAUAAACAUCUAGGGUCAAUGAAAGCCAUCCUGGGAUGUUCAAAUAGAUGGGAAGAGGUGUCAAUGCUUACAGAAAUCAGUUCUGAGGCUAAAACCCCCCUGGUUUCUUUAGCCGAUUCAGCUCCAGAAUGGGCAAUGGAAAAAUGGCCAUUCCUUGUUCAAGCCUCGCCCACCCAAUCCUCUCAAAUGAAAGCCUUGGCAGCCAUAAUACAGUCCUACCAAUGGCGCCAAGUCACUGUUCUUUAUGAGGACAUGGCCUCUGCAUCAAAUGGAGCCCUCACUAGUCUCUCAGAUGCAUUAAAACAAGCAAAUGUAAUCAACAGUUUUCUAGGUCUCCCUCCCAUAGACUCUUCUCCCUUUUUGGCAGCUCAGCUGCAACGCCUUAAGACCGAGCAACGCAGGGUCUUUGUAGUGCACGCAUCAGUGCCAGUGGCAAAGGGUCUCUUCCAAAUUGCCAAGAAAAUGAAGAUGAUGGAGAAGGGCUAUGUCUGGAUAGUCACAGACUUAAUAGCCAACCAUCUGGAUUCUUUGGAUACUUCAACAAUCUCUUCAAUGCAAGGGGUUCUUGGAAUCAAGAAUCACUUCCCUGAAAAAGGGCACCUUUUCAAGAACUUCCACUCGAAAUUUCGUGCAAGGUUCAUCAAUAAGCACCCAGAGGAACAUAACUAUGAGCCUGGGUAUUUUGCAGUGCAGGCCUAUGAUUUCACCGUGUUGGUGGCUUCAUCACUGAGGGAAAACAGCAACCUGAAAGGAAACUCUCUCCUCGAAACAAUUUCUGCAGCAAACUUCGAUGGCUUAUCGGGUAAAAUUCGAUUCAAGGAGCGAAAACUCGCUUCAGAUCACACAUUUCAGAUAGUGAAUGUGAUUGGAAAGAGUUACAGAGAGCUAGGAUUGUGGUCUGAAAAAUCAGGCUUUAAUAAUAGCUCUUCCAAGGUGAAAUUGGGGCAAAUUAUUUGGCCUGGAGGGACAUGGCAUACUCCUAAAGGAUGGGCUCCAAUCACACCUGCUAAUAAGCCACUAAGAGUUGGAGUUCCAAAUUUGGGACCCUCUUUUAAGGAGUUUGUGAACGUGGUACAUGAUCAACAAACAAACCAAACUACUUACACUGGAUUUGUAAUUGAUGUGUUUAAGGAAAUGAUGGGUCGAUUGCCCUAUCUGACAUAUGAGUUCCACAGUUUCAAUGGGACAUAUGAUGAUUUGGUAAAACAAGUUCCCUUAAAGAUCUUUGAUGCUAUAGCUGGGGAUGUUGCGAUAAUGGAGAAACGACUUGAUGAUGCAGCAUUCACUCACCCUUAUAGUGAAGAAGGGUUAGUGAUGAUAGUGCCUGUCCAAACACAACUAUGCAAUGAACCAUGGCUGUUCAUUAAGCCCUUCACAAAGACUAUGUGGGUUCUCAUACUUGCCAUCAACAUUUACAAUGGUUUUGCCAUUUGGCUAUUUGAGAGAAACCACUGCACUGAACUCACAGGCUCUGUGGUCAAUCAAGUUGGAGUCCUGCUCUGGCUAACUGUUACCAAUGCGGAAAAGCUACGUAGCAACUUUUCAAGGAUGGUGAUGCUGGUAUGGUUGAUUGUGGCGUUGAUACUGGCGCAGAUCUACACGGCGAGCCUGACGAGCAUGCUAACCGUGCAACGCCUUGUGCCCACCAUAGGAAACGCAGAGGGGCUGAAGAAGAACAACGCAGUGGUGGGAACCACCAGCGGAUCCUUCAUCGGAGCCUACUUAGAACAACACGUAGGCAUCCCCUCAAAGAACGUCAAGUCCUACGGCUCAGAAGAAGAGUUUGUGCAAGCCUUCGAGGCCAAAGAAAUCUCAGCCGCCUUUCUUGAAACUCCUUACGCCAAAGUGUUUCUGGCCAAGUACUGCAACAGCUUCGUGAAAGCAGGACCCACGUACGAGGUUGGCGGAUUCGGAUUUGUAUUUCCAAAGGGGUCUAGCAUUCUGGAAGAGGCUAACAAGGCAUUGCUGAAUAUGACGGAGAGUGGGAAGCUUGGAGAACUGGAGAAGGGGAUGAUUGGUGCAGAGGAGUGUGUGGAUGUGGAGAAGAAGGAUGAGACGAGCCUAGGCCCCAGGAGCUUUUCUGUUCUGUUUGGACUCACAGGGGCCAUUUCCACCAUUUCACUCACAGUAUUUGUAGUGGCCGGGAAUUACAAGGAAACAGUUGUGGAUUUGUUUCGGCAAUGGAGCCUCGCCACGAGGACAAGAAGAAUUGGGAAUGGGGAAAUCCCUGGAAAUAAUCGGCCAUUGGAAAUGGAGUCUCAGUCUCCCCAAGUGACGUAA